AUGCUCCUCUCCCUGUACCCAGACGUCCUCGCCCGCGUCCGCGCCGAGCACGACGCGCACUUCCCACCGGACCUCUCCGCCACGGCCGAACUCCUCGCCGCGGACCCCACCAAGACGAACGCCAUGUCCUACACGAACGCCGUCCUCAAGGAGACGCUCCGCUUCUUCCCCAUCGGCUUCACCAUCCGCCAGGCGCCCCCCGGGGUCACCCACCUCGACUGGGCCGGCCGCCGCUGGCCCGUCGCCGACCUCAUGGUCGUCCCCUGCGCGCACGCGACGCACAUGGACCCCAAGGUCUGGGGCCCCGACGCCGGCAGCUUCCGGCCGGACCGGUUCCUGGACGACGAGGCCGGCAAAGGGGAAGGGGAGGGCGAGGGCAAGGGAGGCGGGGCCGGUGGGGAGGAGGAAGGGACGCGCCACCGCUUCGCGUGGCGGCCGUUCGAGCGCGGGCCCCGGGCGUGCAUCGCGCAGGACCUGGCCAUGGACGAGCUGCGCAUCAUGCUGGUCCUGACGGCGCGGUGGUUCGACUUCGAGACCGUCGUCGAGGGCACGACGCGGAGGGUGGAGUACAUGGACCUGGAUCAAAAGGUCGGCGACCUGGCGUUCCAGAUGGUCGGGAUGGAGGCCAGGCCGCGGCACGACAUGCGGAUGAAGGUUCGCCUGAGGGAUCAGGUGGCUUGA